CUUCUCCCUCCCUCCCCUUUACCCGUGCUCUCGCUCUCGCUCUCGUGGGCGGUAUCAUGUCGGGAAUUUUCCGAUGGAAGAAGCUGAGAGAGCCUGCGACGCGCGCCGCCGCCGCUGCCGCCGCAUCAGCCCACCGCCGUCCGAUCUUCACCAACUCCGCCGCCUCACUCCGGCUGCCACCAUCGCCGCCCCCCCGGCUCCCCCAUAGGCAGGAGCGCCACAAGUGGGCCGGUGGCGCCGACGAGUUCCACACCCGCCGCAUCCGCGCUGAGGCCAACUGCCCCCGCUGCUCCAAGCACAUGGACAUCCUGUUCUCCAACCGCUCCCCCCCCUCCAUCGCAGGCGCCGGUGAUCGAGGCGGCUACCAGGCCCUCAACAUGUGCCCCAGCUGCAAGACCGCCUACUACUUCCGCCCCCACAAGCUCGUCCCUCUCCAGGGUACCUUCGUCGAGAUCGGCCGCGUGCGGGGCCCCGACCCCGAGAGGGAGAGGCUUUCCGGCACCGGAGAGGACGGGGAGCAAGGGAAUCGCUUAAAGACCUCGUUUUGGGAGGCGCUGCGGUCUUCGUAUGGCGGGGAGCCGCCGGAGAACUGGCCGCCCAUGCCAGGCCUCCCGGAGGGUAAUGGAUUGGCAGUGCACACGCCGCCCGGGCCGCCGUUCCCGCCAAAUUUGAACGUCGUGAGGGUGGCUGGGCCUGGUGGGGGCGGGGGAGGAGGGGAGACCGGUGGUGGUGCUGGAUUCAGGGGAAAAGAGGGGUGGGGCGGGUCUAAUUUGGGAAAGGAUUUGCCCACCCCCAAGGAGAUUUGCAAGGGGCUCGAUAAGUACGUGAUCGGACAGGAUCGUGCUAAAAAGGUGCUAUCUGUUGCUGUGUACAACCACUAUAAGAGAAUCUAUCAUGCAUCUUUGCAGAAAGGAUCUGGAGCUGAUUCGACGAACUUUGAGGCUGAAAAUGAUGACGACGAUAAUGUAGAGUUAGACAAAAGCAAUGUGCUUUUGAUGGGCCCUACUGGCUCAGGGAAGACAUUACUUGCAAAGACAUUAGCUCGCUUUGUGCAUGUGCCAUUUGUUAUUGCAGAUGCAACAACACUGACACAGGCAGGCUAUGUUGGAGAGGAUGUUGAGUCAAUAUUAUACAAGUUGCUUACGGUUGCUGACUUCAAUGUGCAAGCAGCUCAGCAAGGCAUAGUAUACAUUGAUGAAGUUGAUAAAAUAACUAAGAAGGCUGAGAGCCUAAAUAUCAGCAGAGAUGUAUCUGGUGAAGGUGUUCAGCAGGCAUUACUGAAAAUGCUAGAAGGAACUAUAGUCAAUGUUCCAGAGAAGGGAGCUCGAAAACACCCUCGUGGUGACAAUAUACAGAUAGACACUAAAGAUAUUCUUUUUAUAUGUGGUGGAGCUUUUGUUGAUUUGGAAAAGACAAUUUCGGAAAGACGACAAGAUUCUUCUAUAGGUUUUGGAGCACCAGUACGUGCAAACAUGAGAACUGGUGGGUUAACAAAUGCUGUCGUGACAUCAUCCUUGUUGGAAUCGGUUGAAAGUAGUGAUCUUAUAGCAUACGGCCUCAUUCCGGAAUUUAUUGGACGCUUUCCAGUACUGGUUAGUUUGUUGGCGCUGAAUGAGGACCAACUUGUUCAGGUCUUGAUGGAGCCAAAGAAUGCCCUUGGUAAACAAUUCAAGAAAUUAUUUAGCAUGAACAAUGUUAAGCUACAUUUUACAGACCCUGCACUUAGACUGAUUGCUAAAAAAGCUAUGUCAAAGAAUACUGGUGCUCGAGGUUUAAGAGCAAUAUUGGAAAAUAUUCUUACAGAUGCCAUGUAUGAGAUCCCAGAUGUAAAGACGAGUGAUGGGCAAAUAGAUGCAGUUGUGGUGGAUGAAGAGGCCGUUGGCUCUAUCGACAGAUCAGGUUGCGGAGCUAAAAUUCUUUGCGGCGAGGGAGCUUUGGAACGGUACCUUAAAGAAAACAAAACAAAGGAUCGAGAGGCAAUUGUUGAUGGGUCUGAGGGUGAUUUGGAAGGAGAAUCUGAACUCUCAUCUAGAGCCAUGAGCUUGUAAUUUUAGAAGCCUACAAGUAUUGUAAAUUUCCAUUUGUAUUGAUGUAAUUAUUAUGUAUACAAAAUUUACUUUUCAGUUAGUGAUAUUCCAUGCUAAUUCGAGCAUCACUUAACGUUUGUCCAA